AACGGAAGUGACGUGUGCCAACCGGUGGCGGGAACGUCUCGUUUGCUGCCUGUAUUCAUUAUUUACCCCAAUGGCAUUGUAAGAGCGAUACGAAUGUACAGCUUAGAUAAUAUAAAUUAUAAAUAAUUGUGUUACCUAAGGAAUUUUGUGUUUACGUGUAAGUUUUUAGUCGUUACGCUAUGAAGCUGUCUUGAAGCUUUUAUUGUCAGACACAAGCAAGUGGGCGAGCAUCACCGGCGGAUAUCAGCCCGCGCGCGACGAGACCGGCUGUGACAGCGUUUCAUAUUGAAAGAUAUUAACAUGAGCUUAUUCAACCUCGAACGGUUCCGUUUCCAACGGGAUAAAUCGGCUGACAGUGGCAGUAAGUCGUCGGACGGAUCCAGCUCAGAUAAAGAGAAUCACCAGGCCCAGCAAAAGAAGGUAGAUGGCCGAAGCGUUACAGUCGAGUUACAGAGACAGGCACUUGAGGAUGUUUCUUCUGAUGACAAAGUUGUUUGGAUGAGCAAGGAUUCUCUAUCAAAGGACACGGAAGACAAAGUGUCCAAACUAAUGGAGAUGUUCCCGCAGAAGAGCAAGAAAGAUCUGGUGGAGGUGGUUGAGAGUACCAGCACACUGGAGGGAGCUGUAGCACACUGUUUGUUACUGUAUGGUGAAGAAGAUUCAGGCAGACAGAAAGGCAAAACAAGGUAUAAUGAAGAUAAUGAUAACAUUCAACCAAUGAAGAGGAGAAAAAUUGUGGGCUCUGAUUCUGAGGAUGAGGGAGAAUAUGAGGAAGAGGAGAACCAGGAGCCAAGCAGAGAAAAGCAGGAAGCUCUUCUAAAGAAGCUCAAGAAGAAACUACCUGAUUUAGAAAAGGAGGUCUUGAAAGAUGUCCUUAGAGAUCACGAAUGGGACUAUGAGAAUGCCUUGGGAUCAUUGCUUAUGUUUUCAUCAACAGAUUCCAGUUCACCAGAGGCCCCGAAAAAACAAAAGCCAGAAUCAUCUCGCUCCAAGGAACAAAAUGGCAAGAGCUCGCAGAGGCCAGACAGCUCAUCUAGUCUCGCAAAAUGGCUGACAGCGGCACCGUCACCUGUGCGAAACGUCUCCAGCUCAUCCACUCCCAAAACACAAAAACCAUCCAGCAGCAAGAACACAAUUAAGGACACAUCUGUAAAACGUAAGAGGAAGGAAGAUUUACCUUUAGAUAACAUCAGUGGAUCUGAGGGUGAGGAGGAGGACCUGGAUGGCGAGCUUGACAGCAUUUCGGAUGAGCUGGACUCGGAUGAUGAGGACACUAUCGCUGGUCCUCUCCAAGACCAGAUCAUUCAAUUCCUCCAAGAGGCUUCUCUAGAUGAGCUUGCACUUAUAUCUCGCUGCUCGGUCAAAAAAGCUCAGAAGAUCAUUUCCCUGAGACCCUUUAACACUUGGAAGGAUGUGAAAGAGCAGUUCUACAAGGAUAAUGGUCUAUCUAUAGAGCUGGUGCAUGGCUGUAGGGUGGUGCUGAAGGAGAGGCAGGUGGUCAGAGACCUCAUGGGCAGAUGUGAGAAGAUCGCACAGAAAAUGACUAAAGAUGUCACCCAGGUCAUAGAAGCAGGCUUGGGCUUCAUGAAGCAACCCAAAAUCCUGAACAGCAAUUUUAAAUUGCAGUCGUAUCAGCUGAUUGGCUUGAAGUGGCUGAUUCUGCUCCACCAGCACAAGCUCAGUGGAAUCCUAGCAGAUGAAAUGGGGUUGGGUAAGACUAUUCAGGCCAUCUCUUUCCUGGCUCAUCUGUAUGAAAAAGGCAUCAAAGGGCCUCACCUUAUAACCGUGCCCUCAUCCACACUGGAUAACUGGGUUCGUGAAUUGGGUAAUUGGUGCCCCAGUCUGAAAGUUCUUGUGUACUAUGGGUCAGUUGAAGACCGCAAAUAUUUGCGUCAAGAAAUACUAAGCAACCUGAUUGAUUUCAACAUCAUAGUGUCCACGUACAACAUCACAAUUGGAAAUGAUUAUGACCGCAGUCUCUUCCGCAAGCUGAAGCUGAAGUAUGCUAUAUUUGAUGAGGGCCACAUGCUUAAAAAUAUGAACUCGCUGCGCUACCGCCACCUCAUGGCCAUCAAUGCUGAGCACAGAUUAUUGUUAACUGGAACACCUUUACAAAACAACCUGCUUGAGCUCAUGUCUCUGCUAAACUUCAUCAUGCCUUCCAUGUUCUCCAGCAGCACCUCACAGAUCUCCAAGAUGUUCUCCACGAGGCCAGCAGAAGAGGAGAGCAGUUUUCAUAAGAAUAGAAUCGCACAAGCUAAACUUAUCAUGAAGCCAUUUAUCCUGAGACGAGUCAAGCGUGAUGUGUUGAAACAGCUUCCACCAAAAGUUGAAAAGAUUGAAAUGUGUCCCAUGAGUGAGGCCCAGAAGAAGCUGUACGACAAGCUUUUUAAAAGGCUCAAAAAGGCUCCAGCUGAAGAUAAGCGAGAGCUCUGUAAUGUGAUGAUGCAGCUGAGAAAGAUGGCCAAUCAUCCAUUGUUACACCGCCAGUAUUACACCAGUGAAAAAUUGUCUGCCAUGAGCAAGGCCAUGCUUAAGGAACCAACACAUUUUGAUGCAGACCCUGCGCUGAUCCAAGAGGACAUGGAAGUCAUGUCUGAUUUUGAGCUGCAUAAUUUAUGCAAGCAGUACAGCUCCAUCAGCAAAUUUCAGCUGGACAAAGAGCUCAUUUUAGACUCUGGAAAGUUUGCGCUGCUAACCAAGACACUUGCCAAGCUCAAAGAAAAGGGUGAUAGGGUUGUGCUGUUCAGUCAGUUCACCAUGGUGCUGGACAUUGUGGAGAUCCUGCUGAAACAUCUUGACUAUGAGUUUGUUCGGUUGGAUGGCUCUACUCCCAUGGCAGAGAGGAUUGGCCUUAUCGACAAAUACAACACAAACCUGGAGAUCUUUGUUUUCCUCCUGUCGACCCGUGCCGGAGGUCAGGGAAUCAACCUUGCCUCUGCUAACUCUGUGAUACUGCACGACAUUGACUGUAAUCCGUUCAAUGAUAAGCAAGCAGAGGACCGCUGUCAUCGAAUGGGGCAGACCAGAACGGUGCAGGUGAUCAAGCUCAUCAGCAAGGACUCGAUUGAGGACUGCAUGCUCCGUGUGGGACAAGAGAAACUGAAACUGGAGCAGGACAUGACCACUGAUGGAGGUGAGGAUGGUGCCAUGACUGAACAAAUGGCAGAGUUGCUCAAAGUCUCACUGGGCCUCUAACUAACAUGGACGUCAGUGGUAUUUGUCUGUGCAUUACCAUUAACUCAUCGAGUGGAAACAAAGCAACCAAUCGACAUGGAAGCUGCUAAUGGGGGUUAGAUAAGGACUAGCACUUUUCCCAGGAGUGUCCGAAUAUUUCAGGUCAGUUUUCAUCAGGUCAUCCUGAAAAACUGUGGUGGCUGUACAAACGAAAAGUGAUUGUAUUGCUUGUAUUGUGUGAUUUACCAGGCCAGAUUAUACACACACGGCUGGUCAUUUUCUACUGUAUUCACCUUAAACUAAAGACACUGAUUUUAGUACAUGCUUGUUUCUGUUAAGAUGGUUAUACUUUUACUGUAAUUGUUUAUCAAUGUGUAUGUCUUGUAUUAUGUUUUUCUAAAUAAAGCCAAUGUCAAUUUAAUG